UGGUAGGCGGGUGCUCGCUCACACGCUCGCGGCGUUGAUGCGGCCUGACUGGGGCUGGGAGUGAGGGAGGGAGGGAGGGAGGAGCGGCGGCGGCGGCGGCAGCAGCGGGACCGGGACUCGCCCCGCGGGCGGAUCGCGCCGAGAUGGAGAAGAGCGCCAGUUACGGGAGCAUCUCAUCCAGUCAGUCGCUGCCCCCGAGCGGCUCCAGGCCGCCCAGCACCGGCUCCGGUGGCAGCAGUGCCUCCUCGUCUGUAUCUGAGCAGUCCGUGUACCACAAGGCCGAUACCGUUAUGUCGUCUGAGUCUGUUUCUUCGGCAGAUUUUUCUUCUGAUUUCAGGGUUUUAAGGGAUGGCAAUAAACUGGCUCAAAUGGAAGAGGCACCAUUGCUACCAGGAGAAUCUAUGAAAGAUAUGGCCAAAGAUGUUACUUAUAUCUGCCCCUUUAUUGGCACUGUGAGAGGAACAUUGACUGUUACAAACUACAGACUGUACUUCAAAAGCUUAGAACGGGACCCACCUUUUAUUCUUGAUGUUCCUCUGGGUGUGAUCAGUCGUGUUGAAAAGAUUGGUGGAGCAUCCAGCCGAGGGGAGAACUCUUAUGGUCUUGAAAUCUUCAGCAAGGAUAUUAGGACCAUCCGUUUUGCUCAUAAACAAGAAGGUCACACCAGACGAUCCAUUUUUGAGAACUUAAUGAAAUAUGCAUUUCCCACAUCUAAUAACUUGACAUUAUUUGCAUAUGACUACAAGGAAAUAUUUCCGGAGAAUGGCUGGAAGGUUUAUGACCCAAUUACAGAGUAUAAGCGAAUGGGUCUACCCAAUGAAAGUUGGACACUAAGUCGGAUAAAUGAACAUUAUGAACUUUGUGAUACCUACCCUACUAUACUUGUAGUACCAGAGAAUGUCCCAGAAGAUGAAUUGAAGAAAGUAGCAGCAUUCAGAUCUAGAGGGCGUCUACCAGUUCUCUCAUGGAUACAUCCAGAGAGUCAGGCCACAGUCACUCGCUGUAGUCAGCCUCUGGUUGGUAUGAGUGGCAAACGCAGCAAAGAUGAUGAAAAGUUUCUCCAGAUUAUAAUGGAUUCCAAUGCACAAUCUCAUAAGAUCUUUAUCUUUGAUGCCAGGCCCAGUGUUAACGCUGUAGCUAACAAGGCAAAGGGAGGUGGCUAUGAAAGUGAAGAUGCCUAUCAGAAUGCAGAGCUGGUCUUCCUUGAUAUCCACAAUAUACAUGUGAUGAGGGAAUCCUUACGGAAAUUGAAGGAAAUUGUCUAUCCCAACAUUGAAGAAUCUCAUUGGUUGUCUAAUUUAGAAUCCACACACUGGUUGGAACACAUAAAACUAAUUCUUGCUGGUGCUUUGAGGAUUGCUGACAAAGUGGAAUCUGGAAAGACAUCAGUUGUGGUACAUUGCAGUGAUGGUUGGGACCGCACAGCUCAGUUGACAUCUCUGUCUAUGAUUAUGUUGGACAGCUAUUACCGUACAAUUAAAGGCUUUGAAGUACUCAUUGAAAAGGAAUGGCUUAGCUUUGGCCAUAGGUUUCAACUUAGAGUGGGACAUGGCGAUAGGAACCACACAGAUGCUGACAGGUCACCAGUCUUCUUGCAGUUUAUAGAUUGUGUGUGGCAGAUGACAAGACAGUUCCCAACAGCAUUUGAGUUUAAUGAGUUCUUCCUCAUAACAAUUCUUGACCAUUUGUAUAGCUGUUUGUUUGGAACAUUCCUGUUGAAUAGUGAACAGCAAAGAAUAAACGAGGGACUUCAAAAAAGUACCAUUUCAUUAUGGGCAUAUGUAAACAGCCAGUUAGAAGAGUUUAUCAACCCUCUGUAUGUGAAUUACUCUAACCACGUGUUGUAUCCAGUGGCAAGCAUGCGCCAUCUAGAGCUCUGGAUUGGUUACUAUAUCCGUUGGAACCCAAGGAUGAGACCACAGGAGCCUAUUCAUCAGCGUUAUAAGGAACUUUUAGCAAAGCGAACAGAACUACAGAAAAAAGUAGAAGAAUUGCAGAGGGAAUUUUCCAACAGAUCAGCUUCUUCAUCGGAGAAAGCGGGCUCACCGCCACGUUCCAUUACACCAGAGCAGACUGUUGUUUGAAAAUUGACUGCGUUAAAGGAUAUACUAGUGGCUGAAGGCAAUAUUUACAAAAGUUUUCUCGUGCUUGGAAAAAAUACUCAUGUACACCCAAGCAUAAAUAAACAGGUUUACUGUAAAUUAUAACUUUUUUUGUAGGAACAAGAUACUGUUAAUUGAGAUACAUAAUUCAAGAAUUCCAAGCAGAUAAGUUGCGAGGUUAGUUUGUUGCUUUGGAAGCAAAUGUUAUUUAUUGCACUGACAAAUAUUAACUGUCAUCUUUAACUUUAAUUCUAAGAUUAACACUAAAACUUGUAUGUAAUAACCAGUGAGUUCAUACGUUUUAGACCUGUUGGUUUAUACUCAUUUUUGCUUGAUACUACAACUACCAACCAUUCCAUGCUGGGUUUUUCAUCCCUCUCUUUAACAAAUCAGGAUAACUAGAAUGAUAAUUCAACAUACUUGGUGGAUAAGAAACUAUAAUAAAAUAUGUAUGAAAAAAACUGUUAGAAAGUAAAAGAAUGACUACUGAACAGGGCAAGUAUGAUUAUUGUGAUUGAAAGUGGUAAUUUACCCAAGGUAUGCUGUGUAGACAUAUUUCUAAUUUAAUUUUAUAUUUUAGCGAAAUCAAAUUGACAUUUUGGUAUCACAAAAUAUUGCCAUCAUUGUUGCGCUCCAACUCGGUUCACAUCUCUACUGUCCAGCUAAAAUUCUUAUAAAUGGUAAUGUAUUUUUCUAUCCAUAAUAUAUUGUAUAUUAGGAUAAAAUAUGAAAUUUGGGUUUCCAUUGACCAAGCCACAUGACCUGAUGCCAAGGCGCAUGAGAAAUGUAACGUGCCAUCUUGCUGCUUUUUCGGUAAACCAUAUUUUUUGUUUAAUCUGGCAUUACAAAUGUACUUGAACAGAGCAUUUUUUAAGCAAAGUUUGAGGAAAAUUUAGGUUAUUUUGUUAAAUUAUGGAAUUCUCAUAUACACAUUUUGAAACUAGAAAAUUUAGUUACAUGUUAAUAAAAAUGUCUAGUAUUUUUUGAAUAACUUGGGAAAGAAGUUUAUGAAACACAAAAUGUAUAGUUUGGGUUCAAACAUUAAACCAAACCUGAAUUUCAGGGAGAAUGUUACUAGGGUGUAAUCAUACUAAUGCAAUGUAUGAACAUGUAUUUUCAGGGAUUGCUGACAUAAAUUUAGAAAACCGUCCAAAGAUUUGUCAAAUAUUCUGUAAUUGUCUGUCCGAUUCUUAAGAAAAUUAUUAAUGACUCCUUAAGUCUUCACUAAGAUGAUUUUCUUCAAAUGUUUGGUCUUCAGUUUAAAUUCUUGCCAAUUUAUGCAAAAUUACUGAUUAACAGUUUUGCAUUUCAUCCAAACUUUUCAGUGGUGUUACUUAACCUUCCAGAUAUCAUUUAUUCUGCUAGUGCCAGUCUGUCAUGAAAGGUUACUCGUGAUUGCAGAAUCAUUAGCACCAAAGACAAUUAGCAGCUGCAGUGCUUUGAAAGGAAAAAUGAAUAUUAGAACUUUAGCUUUUAUAAUUUAAAUUUGCUUUAUCCAUGCAUCAUUUAAGCAUUAAUUUCCGUAGAAUCUACUUUAAGCUGGAAAGUAUGGUUGCAGGUUUAAGGAAUACAGGAUUUUGCAAUAAAAUACAAAUGGCUAAAAUUAGUUAAUCCACUGUCAUUACUUAGCUGACAACACCAAAAAGCCAGUAGGAAAUAAUGUUAAGACACAAAAAGCUGGAAUAACUCAGCAGGACAGACAGCAUCUCUGGAGGGAAAGAAACAGUGAUGUUUUGGGUCGAGACCCUUCUUCAGACAUCUUGAUCCGAAACGUCACCCUUUCCUUCUCUCCAGAGAUGCUGCCUGUUACUCCAACUUUUUGAGUCUAUAUUCGGUUUAAACCAGCAUCUGCAUUUCGUUCUUACACAAAGAAAUAAAGUUGAUACUCAAAG